UAUCAAACAUCAUCAAUCCUCAGAGGAAGAAGAUUCGUUUCACCGCGCUCUCUGUUGUUUUAAUGUGGUGCUGGGUUAAUACAAACUUUUAGAAAAUUAUUUUAAGUAAACCAGUAAAAUACAGUUUUUGAAUCAGGUCAGUAAAUACAUGUAAUAUUCUCAUCAUCAUAGUCGUUACUAAGUGUUGAAGCAAAGAGAAAUAUAUAGGGAAGAAUAUCAGCUGAAGAUGGUGUUUGUUGAAGAGGAGAUUGAGGAGAACACGAGUGAAAUAAAAGAAGAGGAACCAGAAACGUGGAAAAUAAAAGAAGAGAAACCAGAAACUUGGAAAAUAAAAGAAGAGAAACCAGAAACUUGGAAAAUAAAAGAAGAGGAGCCAGAAACCUGGAAAAUAAAAGAGGAACCAGAAACCUGGAAAAUAAAAGAGGAACCAGAAACCUGGAAAAUAAAAGAAGAGGAACCGGAAACCUGGAAAAUAAAGGAAGAGGAAUCAGAAACCUGGAUAAAAAAACGAGAGGAACCAGAAACCUGGAGAAUAAAACAAGAAGAACAAGGAGAGUUUAUUGAAGAAAGUGAGGAGAACAAAAAAUGGAGUGAAGUUGAGGAUAAACCUUUCACCUGCACUCAGUGUGGAAAGAGUUUGACAAGCAAAUAUAAUCUUGAUUUUCACAUGAGAUGUCAUACUGGAGAGAAACCGUUCACUUGUGAUCAGUUUGAGAAGUGUUCCACACGCUUAUCACAUCUUAAGGAUCACUUGAACAUCCAAGCUGGAGAGAAACUGUGCUCAUGUGUUAAAUGUGAUAAAACAUUUUUGAGCGCUUCAGACCUGAAAAAACACCAGACAGUUCAUACAAAGGAGAAGUCGUAUUCAUGUUAUUCGUGUGGAAGGAGUUUUUCAUGUUUUUCAAUUUUGAAUGUACAUCAGAAAAUACAUACUGCUGUGAAGGAGUACAAGUGCUCAGAGUGUGAAAAAACUUUCACUUCAACGGACAGUUUAAAACGGCACGAGAGGAUCCACACUGGAGAAAAACCCUUUGAGUGUUCACACUGUGACAAGAGAUUCAAUAGGUCAACAGACCUGAAAACACAUGAGAGGAUCCACACUGGAGAUAAACCUUUUAAGUGUUCACAUUGUGACAAGAGAUUCAAUAGGUCAACAGACAUGAAAAAACAUGAGAGGAUCCACACUGGAGAGAAACCUUACGAGUGCUCACUUUGUGACAAGAGAUUCAAACAGUCGUCACAUCUAAAAACACAUGAGAAGAUCCACACUGGAGAGAAACCUUUUAAGUGUUCACAUUGUGACAAGAGAUUCAAUAGGUCAGCAGACCUGAAAACACAUGAGAGGAUCCACACUGGAGAGAAACCUUAUAAGUGUUCACGCUGUGACAAGAGAUUCAAUAAUUCAUCAAGUCUGAAAAUACAUGAGAGGUUCCACACUGGAGAGAAACUGUACACAUGUAAUCAGUGUGAGAAGUGUUUCACACGCUCAGCACACCUUAAGGAUCACAUGAACAUCCACACUGGAGAGAAACCUUAUAAGUGUUCACGCUGUGACAAGAGAUUCAAUAAUUCAUCAAGUCUUAAAAUACAUGAGAGGUUCCACACUGGAGAGAAACUGUACACGUAAUUAGUGCGAGAAGUGUUUCACACACUCAUCACAACUUAAGGAUCACAUGAACAUCCACCGUGUUUCCACUAUCGAGCUUAAACUGGGCGUGCUAGUGCAUGCCAGGGCCAGUCGCGUUUCCACUGUCACUUCCGGGGCUUGAUCGUGCCUCGCCGGGGCAUCCUCGGGGCCAACGGCCAGGGUUUUUAGGCCCGACGAAAACUUUGGGCCAAAGCGGGCCAGUUUUUUUAUUUGUUUUAUUAUUAGAUUUGUUCAUUACAUUUAUUGAAUGUUCCUUUUCCUGUUAAGUAAACCUUUUGUACCUGAAAAUAAGCCAUUAUUUGGUUUAUUAGUAGUUGUAAUGUGUAUCUGUGAUGGGUGCGUAGCCCACCUCACGUUUAGCUUCUACCAUCAUUUAUUUGGUUAUUGCUAUAUUUAAAUUUACUUUGUUUAAUGGUUAAUGUUUGAUUUAGUAAUUUGUUAUUUUUAAAUUCCCUUAUUUCUGAUUAAAAAAAAACACACACACACACAAACACAGUAAAGAUUAUUUAAUAGUUUAUUAAACAUAGAAGGGUGCACACUUCUUUUCUUUGUUUGUACCUUACCAAGAGUCCUAGAGUCUCUGGCCAUGGAGUGAACUGUCACAUUCCAUGUGUCACCAACAUUUAAGUAAAUGUUAAAAAGCAUUUUUUGUUGUGAAUCUUUUUGUUAUUUGGGAUUUCUGUUAAGGUGUUAUCUGAUUGAUUUCUUUUUAAUUUUGUUUGGUAGAAGCUACAUGGGUAUAUUUAGAGGUUGUUGGUACUACCCAGUCAGUCGGUUUAUCAUCUGAGCUGAUUUCAGUUCUUACAUUGUAUUGUUACUCUGCUAGCAGGGCAGAUUUAUUCUUUUUGUAGGCCUGUUUAAGUUCAGUUAUUUUUUCUUUGUUUUUGUUGAGUUUGCAGGAAUUAUGUUGAACUGGACUUUUGAUAUAUCUGCUUCUGUGGAUUUUUGUUAUUGUUUAGAUGGAAGAAUAAAUCAAAAAUAUUUUUCCCACAA